UCUUCAGGCGCGCAAGGUGCAAGAUAGCCCUUCAGAAUUGUAUCGACAACGGUGUGUGGACGUUGUGUCAGCUGAAAAGUGGAAAAUUCAGGGUUUCCUUCAAUUUCCCAGCUGGAUUCGAGAUUGACACGAGCUUGAUUAGGAGUUUUUCAGGUUUGGUGUGUGGUUAGUUGGUUCAUAGUUUCAGUUUUAGUGUUUUUAUUGGUGCUUUUAUUCUUAUUUUCGAUGUUUUCAUUGAGGAUUUUGAUGAAUUUCUGAUCCAAAUCGACCAGGUUGACCACUAAAAAUGGACAGAUGCAUGUCAACAGGUUCAGGUUCUGGAUAUUUUCGUUUUUGUUGUUCCUUUAUUUAGCAGGAGUAUUCAUAAUCUCUGCUAUAACGCUGCAGGACUCGAAAAAUAAGUCAGUUAAGCCGAAACCGUCGUACCUGCAAGAAUCCAAAUUCAAACACUACGACCUUGGUUUCUCUGGCUUCAGACCGCCUUUACCGAAGUCCAAAAUCAACUGGUGCACUGACCUCAAGUAUCUCCAACCUGCCAAACCCCUGGUGGCCCUAGCGUCCUUCCCAGGCAGCGGAAACACCUGGGUUAGGUACCUUCUACAACAAGCAACAGGUAUACUCACUGGAUCUGUGUAUAGAGACUACAGCCUCUUGAAAAAUGGUUUUCCUGCGGAAAACGUAGUUAAUGGUUCAGUUCUACUGGUGAAAACCCAUGAAUUUGGACCUAACGCCAAAAAGAUCUACUCUAAAGCAAUAUUGUUGGUUAGAUCGCCAACGUCUGCCAUACAAGCCGAGUUCAACAGGCAGAGUGGGGGUCACGUGGGGUUCGCAUCGCCUAUCAGGUACAAGAGGAACAGAGGAAAAUACUGGGAACAGUUCGUCUACGACAAGCUCCAAAUGUGGAAGCUGACCAAUCUAGACUGGCUCUACAACUUCACCGGACCUACCCACGUCAUAUUUUACGAGCAAUUGGUGGAUAACUUGGAGAAUAACUUGAGAUCCAUGCUCAACUUUUUAGAGGUACCAAUUUCCGAGGAACUCUUCAAAUGUGCCUUGGAAAGGAGGGAGGGAAUCUACAGAAGGAAAAAAAGGGCUAUAGUGUUCGACCCUUAUUCCUCCAAGAUGAAGGAGAAGAUCAAGGAGGAGCAGCAGAAAGUUUACGAGGCCAUAUACAACUUUGCAUCGCCUACCAAAAGAUAAUGUCGUUAACGAAAUUAAUAAUAAGAAAAUCAUAGACAAUAAGACGAAUAAACUUAAGGAAAAACUUAAAACCGACAAGUCUGAAAACAGAAUCGUUAAAAAAUAACGAAGAGAAUUGUUUUUAUUUUCUUGUUCUUCCAUUAUUUUAUAUAUAUUUCGAUAUAACUCUAGUUUUAAUUCAUUCUACAAUACAUCAUACAUUUCCAUCGAUACAGAAUGAAUUUCUCGAUAAUUUUUUAUGUAAUUUCGGUAUAUAGCUCAAUUUAACUAAUUGUUACUGUGAAUAUUAUGAAUGUGGAUGUUGUUUAUAUGCUUGUUCUUAUGUAUAUAAGUGAUUUUUCGAUGUUACAGCGUGAUGAGGUAUGAUUUAAACCAAUUUUUAAACUUGGGUACUGGAAAAAUCGAUUAAUAUGUAAUGAAUGUUGAUUGGAAGUAAGUAGACAUUUUGUAUAGUGCCAAAUAUGAAAUAUCAUACAAUGAUGCGGCCUACAAUGGUCGAGUACAUAAAGAUCCCAGAACAAGAUAUAGUUAAUUUUCUAAAUGUUGUUUUAAAUAAGAUUAAAUUUUUUUGA